UUGUAUUUCCAUACAACGCUGAUAAAUUGUCUGUGAGUAGCAGCUUUACAUUCUUUCGGUUAAAAGACAGCGAUGGUCCUGGCAAUGGAAAGGAUUUGGGUGCUCAUUCAUUCUCAGGGCACAACACAAGCCAAGGAGCAGGGGUCCAUGAAAAGUCAGGGAGCGGCUAAGGGUUGCUAGAAGUGAUGCCAUAGCAGCCAACAAUGGUGGCUUCCGUAAAAUUGCAGGCCCAAUAACCCUAUAAUCCUUGUGUUCUUCCUGUAUUUUGAGAACGAAGUCUGAAAAUAUCACCCGACACCUGAAUGGACAAGGCAAGCUGAUUAUGAUUUGACUAAAGAAUUUUUCACAAUGGAAGCCUCUGAAUCACUGCCAGAUCCGAGCAAGUUGUCAGCCUCUGCUUUGGACUAUUUGGACCGACAAUUUCAGACAUAUGAUGAUUUCGUAAAGGCUCCUGAAUUGGCCUCAAGUUUGGAAAAUGAAUGUUUAGAACUAGAGAGCAAUCUCAAUACCAUUGACAGCAAAACUACAGAAGCAAUUUUCAAAUGGGCUUCGCAUUCCCAUCAAAUUAGAAGCUUACUUCAAGAUCUCACUCACACAAUCGAAGCCAACCUGAGCCCAGAGGGAAUUGGGUUCAAAACAUCAAGUAAAAAUGAACAAAUUCUGGUUGAAGAGCUGCCACAACUUGCAAGAGAGGUAGCAAGUGUUGAGAAAGUUAGAAUCUAUGCAGAAACUGCAAUACAGUUGGAGGCUUUAGUUGGGGAUCUUGAAGAUGCAGUUUCCAGUGCCAUGGCUGGGAAGUCGAGAAAGUAUUCCUCUAGAAAGCUUUUGAAUUUGAGUGAUUCUGAGAUUGUUGCAGGACCCCAAGAGAAGCAAUUGGUGGCUGUAAAGGCUCUUAAGGAUAUAGAGGAUGUUUUAGAUGGAAUUGUACAGUCAAGGCCCCAGUGGAAACGUCUUCUGACUGCUGUGGAUAUCAGGGUGGAUCGGGCAAUAGCUGCCCUGAGGCCUCUGGCUAUUGCAGACCAUCGUGCACUCUUAACCUCUCUUGGAUGGCCGCCUUCCCUGGCAACAACAAAUCUUGGAAGUGACAACCAAGGUAAAAACAUAAGAAUGCCGAACCCACUUUUUGAAAUGCAAGGAAAUGUUAAAGAAAGAUACAGUGAGAGCUUUUUAGCCUUGUCUAUGCUGCAAUCGGUUCAGUUGCACCGUAGAAUGCGUCAGCUCAAUCAGUUUGAACAAGGUAGUGACACUUCUGCGAUUAAAAGAAAGAGUGCUAAGUUGAAGCUGAAUUUGCAUGAAGCACUUUGGACUAUAGAAGAAUUGGUUUCACCAGUUAUGUCAAGGGCAGAGCAUCAUUUCGCAAAGUGGACUGCAAAUCCCGAAUUGAUCUUUGCAUUUGGAUACAGAAUUAGUGAAGAAUUUAUUGAUACUAUUGAUAAUGUUUUGCAGCCCCUUCUUGAUAGGGCAAGGCUUGUAGGGUACAGUGCAAGAGAAGAAUGGGUUUCUGCAACGGUAUCCAUGAUCACAACCUAUCUUGCAAAGCAAAUAUUUCCUGACCUUUUGACAAGUUUGGUGGAGCAGGAAGCAUCUGCUCAGGCAAGGAGUUCAUGGCUUCAUCUUGUUGACCUUAUUAUUGCAUUUGAUAGGCGAAUGCAAGCGGUUGUAGUGAGGUCAGGGGUCACACCCUCUCAUGUUGAGGAUACAGAGACCUUGGGAAUCUCCCCAAAUAUUUUGGAACUUAGGAUGUCAUGUAUGACAGUAUUUUGUGACCGUCCUGACUGGUUAGAACUUUGGGCUGACAUAGAGCUGAAGGAUGCGCAGGAAAAACUGAAAGGUGUGCUUGAAACAGAAAGAUCCUGGGGAAUCAAUGUGAAGACAGAUCUCUUAUCUGGUCUCAAUAGUCAGUUGACUAAUGGAAGCACUCGUGGAAGUUUUGUGCUCUCUACUUGGGAGGAUUACAAGGCUCCUUCAGGGGCAGAAUCUGUAAUUUCAACUACAUGGGCUGUGGUAAAUCGCUGUCGUACUUUACCUGAUAUUCUUUUGCGCUUCCAAUUUAUCAGGACCGCUGCUGCUCCAAUUUUAGCAGGGUAUCUAGAUCUGUUGCUUCAACGUUGUCAGGAAGCUGAAGCCUUGACUGCUCUGGCAGAUGAUGAGGCCAUGUUAAAAGUUGCCAUUUCCAUUAAUGCUGCUAGGUAUUGUGAAUGCAUUCUGCAGGAAUGGUGCGAGGAUAUAUUUUUUCUUGAGCUUCAACUUGCGCGAGAGUCAGAAGGGAGGGAAACUGUUGACAUAAUGGCUGGUAUAGAUUCGGUAAGGAAUAUAGAGAACAGCUCCAAUCUGUGUGGCUCUAUUUUUGAUGAAGAAAUUGAGAACUUUAAGAAGUUUCAAGGAGACUGGCUUGGAAAGCUCAUUGCUGUUAUUUUAAGAGGAUUUGAUGCUCGAUGCCGAGAAUAUUUACGCAACAAGAAACAAUGGAAGGAAAAAGUUGUCAAGCAGGAAUUACAAAGCAUGGAUAUGCCAGAAGAGACCAUGAAAAUUGAUGAGAGUGGAACACAGUGCGCAAAUUCUGAAGUUUCUAUUUCUGUAGCAUUUGUUGAGGCAUUGGAUGUCCUGCAUGGUCAACUAAAGAAUUUAAAAGGGGCUCUGAAUGAAGUGGAUUUCAUGGAACUUUGGCGAAGCUUAGCUAGUAGUUUAGAUCAGUUACUCUUUACCAACAUUCCUAUAAGCAAUAUUACAUUUUCCAAUCAUGGUGGUUCCCAGUUCAAGGUUGAUGUGCAUGCGUUAUUCCAAGUCUUUAAGCCAUUUUGUGCUCGGCCUGCAGGUUUUUUUCUACUUCUAAGUGAUUCUUUACGGCUACUUCUCAUGCCACCUGCUGAUGUAGAGCUUUUACGAAAAUUUUUAUCUGCUCCAUCUUCAGAUGUGAAAGAUGGAAAGGAUGGGACUAAAUUGAAAUACUUGAGACAAUAUGGAAUAAGGAAAAUAUCAACAGGAAAUGCAGAAAAAAUUCUAAGGCAGAGAAUAUUAGAAGAUUGACACCACACUUUUCUGGUUUGAGUAAUUUAUUUGAUUACAGUCAGAUUAAAGGGAAUACAAGCUUCAUCCAACCAGAAUUUGCGAUUCUUCUUGGAGCCUGCAUAAUUGGCUUGGUUUAUUUUUAUAUUUGAUCUGUUGUAUUGUCUUGGUUUAAAUAACUACUCUGAAUAGAAGGGUUGAUUCCUCAUUGAA